AUGGCCGACCCACCCCCAAAUCUCAUAGCCUUGCCAGAGGAGAUCCAACAACUGAUCUUCCGUCACCUCUUCGCCGGCCGUCGAUUCAGUCGCUACCUGAAAGCCAUUGACAAUAAAGGUCGUACGCCACGCGAGCUGCGCAGCUGGAUCAAGGUGCGCCGUCGUGCUGGGGAUCUGGCACCGUUCGAGCAUAACCCCUUAUCAAUCCUCCUAUCUUGCAAGGCAUGCUACGUACAGGCAGAAGAGGCAUUCUUUCGACACGGCAUCAUCAAUGCAAGCGACGAAAUGAGAUCGUUGAAGCUGUCAAUUCUGUAUAACGAAGGCCUCCCGAAAUCGAUGGAUCUUCUGGAGCAAGUUCGACAUCUGCAUAUGAGUGUUCUGGACGGCCUUUAUCUGGGCACUAUCGCCAAGUUACCAUUGCUGCAGACGUUUACGUUGGUCAACCGUUUAGGAUACUGUAUGGAAGUCCGCGAAGAUGCUUUCUUGAAGGAAGGCAUUCUGACGGAACACGGGGGCGCCUUGGUAAGAUCUGCAUUAUCGAAGCUCUUGGGCUUAGAUCUAAAUCAUCCCAUUGGCUAUGGCCAGGAGUUGACACCACUCCUCCGCGAGUGGGCAACGCGCCAGCAGAGCUUCCAACUCAACAUCUCACACAUGGCGGCAUUGGCGACUGAUCUCACCUCAGGGGAUCCCCCGUACCGCAUUUUGGUCUUGCAAACCGACUUCAAUCGAGGUCAAAUGCAAGUCAGCGACCAUGGGACCUCCUCGGGCUCAGUCAAGGUCAAUGUGGCGGACAUCCUCGCAGAACUCUCACAUACCCCGGGUUGGACUCGUGUCGCAGAACUCCCACAAACCCCGGGUUGGGUUCGUGCAGAGUAA